CAAUGGACAACGCUUCGACAAGUGAAAUAAGUACUGAUGGUUUUAAAGAAGAUCUUGUUGCUAGUACUGCAGAGACCUCCACAGAAGAAACUGAAGAAAAGAUUAAUAUCAAUACUACAAAAAAUUGUUCGCUUGAUUUUGUCCUUGCUAUUAAUAAACACAUCCAAAGAUCAGUGCUUUCUAAAAUAUUGAAAAGCUUAAAAAAAAAGACAUAUUUUCAAGGAACUAUUAUAAAUUUUUUGUCCAAUCCUGCAAUGAAAUUUAAUGUUACAUCUGAAAAUUACAAGAUGAUUGUUAAAGAUGUUAUAAAUUCAUUUUUCAAUGUGAAAAAACAAGAUCAUAAACUUUUCAACAAAAUUUUAAACGAAUCUUUGUACAACCUUGGUCAAUUAAAUAAAAGCAGUAAUAACAAGUUAAUAAUCGUUGUCAGUAAUAUAAAUGAAGUUGUAAAAUAUAAUGAUUUUUUAUUCGUAAUAUUUGUUCAAGAAUCCAAUGAGAAGCUUGUAUUAGAAAGAGAAAUUGACCAAAUAUGUAGUUUAAAAGCUAGCAACCAACCUAACAAUGAAUCUAUGUUCACAUCAAAUUGGUUUCCUGAUUCCUUUCUCACUGACAUUGUAAACAUAUCAACAAAUCAUAGUUCAUUUAAUAAUAAUAUCACCAUACUUUUGGAUACUCAAGUUAAUUCAACAGAUAAGCCAACAGAUAAGAAAAACAUGUCGUUAGAACAUUUGAAAACAGCUUUAUCAGAUAUCCAAGCUAACACAACCAAUCAAUAUAACUUAGUAACAAGUGUAUUAAAUCUGUCACACAACACUUUCAAUUCAACCAUUCAACCAAUUUCAUCUUCAAAAAUCAUAAAUAAAAGCCAAUCAUUACCAUCAGAGAACAUUAACUCAACCAGUCAGCCAAUCUCAAAUGAAAACCCAUCGUUAUUAGAUAGUACGAUGAAUUCAACUGGCCAACUGAUCACAUCCUCAAGUAUAUCAACUGGAAACCCAUUAUUGUUAUCAGAUAUUACAAUUAGUUCAAAAGAUCAACCCAGCACAACCUCAAAUACAACAAAUGGAAACCUAUCAUCAUUUACAGAUACAAUGAAUUCAACUGGUCAACCAACCACAACUUUGAAUAUAACAAAUAAAAAUCUAUCUUCUGUAUCAGAUAUUGGAAUUAAUUCAACAGGUCAACCAGUGACAACAGCAAAUAUUUCAAAUGAAAGUCAAUCAUUGUUAUCAGAUAAUACAAUGAAUUCAACUAGUCAACCAAACACGACCUUCAAUAUAACAAAUGAAAAACCAACAAUGUUAUCAGAUAUUAUGGUUAGUUCAACCAGCCACCCAAUGACAACAUCAAAUAUAACAAACAGAAGCUCAUCAUUGUUAUCAGAUAUUACAAUUAGUUCAAAAGAUCAACUCAUCACAACAUCAAAUACAUCAAAUGGAAAUCUAUCAUCAUUUUCAGAUACAAUGAAUUCAACUGGUCAACCAACCACAACUUUGAAUAUAACAAAUAAAAAUCUAUCUUCUGUAUCAGAUAUUGGAAUUAAUUCAACAGGUCAACCAGUGACAACAGCAAAUAUUUCAAAUGAAAGUCAAUCAUUGUUAUCAGAUAAUACAAUGAAUUCAACUAGUCAACCAAACACGACCUUCAAUAUAACAAAUGAAAAACCAACAAUGUUAUCAGAUAUUAUGGUUAGUUCAACCAGUCACCCAAUGACAACAUCAAAUAUAACAAAUAGAAGCUCAUCAUUGUUAUCAGAUAUUACAAUUAGUUCAAAAGAUCAACCCAGCACAACCUCAAAUACAACAAAUGGAAACCUAUCAUCGUUUUCAGAUACAAUGAAUUCAACUGGUCAACCAACCACAACUUUGAAUAUAACAAGUAAAAGUCUAUCUUCUGUAUCAGAUAUUGGAAUUAAUUCAACAGGUCAACCAGUGACAACAGCAAAUAUUUCAAAUGAAAAUCAAUCAUCGUUAUCAGAUAAUACAAUGAAUUCAACUAGUCAACCAAACACAACCUUCAAUAUAACAAAUGAAAAACCAACAAUGUUAUCAGAUAUUAUGGUUAGUUCAACCAGUCACACAAUGACAACAUCAAAUAUAACAAACAGAAGUUCAUCAUUGUUAUCAGAUAUUACAAUUAGUUCAAAAGAUCAACCCAUCACAACAUCAAAUACAUCAAAUGGAAAUCUAUCAUCAUUUUCAGAUAUAAUGAAUUCAACUGGUCAACCAACCACAACUUUGAAUAUAACAAAUAAAAAUCUAUCUUCUGUAUCAGAUAUUGGAAUUAAUUCAACAGGUCAACCAGUGACAACAGCAAAUAUUUCAAAUGAAAGUCAAUCAUUGUUAUCAGAUAAUACAAUGAAUUCAACUAGUCAACCAAACACGACCUUCAAUAUAACAAAUGAAAAACCAACAAUGUUAUCAGAUAUUAUGGUUAGUUCAACCAGUCACACAAUGACAACAUCAAAUAUAACAAAUAGAAGCUCAUCAUUGUUAUCAGAUAUUACAAUUAGUUCAAAAGAUCAACCCAUCACAACAUCAAAUACAUCAAAUGGAAAUCUAUCAUCAUUUUCAGAUACAAUGAAUUCAACUGGUCAACCAACCACAACUUUGAAUAUAACAAAUAAAAAUCUAUCUUCUGUAUCAGAUAUUGGAAUUAAUUCAACAAUUUUUAAUAUAAAAACUGAAAAGCCAUCAUUGUUAUCAGAUAAUACAAUUAACUCAACCAGUCAAUCAAUUACAACACCAAAUAUAUCAAAACGAUCAUCAUUGUCAAAUAUUACGGUUAAUUCAACUGGUCAACCAACCACAACAUUAAAUAUGUCAAAUGAAAACCCAUUAACACUAUCAGAUAUAAAGAUUAAUUCCACCAUUCAACCGAUUACAACAUCAAAUUCAUCAAAUGAAAAACCAUCAUCUUUAUCAGAUACAAUAAAUUCAACAAGUCAUACAAAUACAAUCUUAAAUAUAACAAAUGGAAACCCAUCAAUAUUAACAGAUGUUGCAAUUAAUUCAACUAGUCAUCCAAUGACUAAUGGAAGCUCAUCAACGUUACCGAAUAAUUCAAUUGAUUCAACAGUUCAACCCCUCACAACAUAUGUAUCAAAUAAAAACCUAUCUUCGUUUUCAGAUACAAUGAAUUCAACUAUUAAACCGAACGCAACCUUUAAUAUAACAACUGAAAAUCCAUCAUUGUUAUCAGAUAAUACAAUAAACUCAACCAGUCAAUCAAUCACAACCUUAAAUAUAAGAAAUGAAAAUGUAUCAUCGUUUUCAGAUAAUAUAAUGAAUUCAACCGGUCAACCAAUCACAACCUUAAAUAUAAGAAAUGAAAAUGUAUCAUUAUCAGAUAAUACAAUGAAUUCAACUGGUCAACCAAUUACAACCUUAAAUAUAACAAAUGAAAAUGUAUCAUCGUUAUCAGAGAAUACAGAUAAUCCAACCAAUCAACCGUUGACAAUAUCAGAUAUGUUUAAAGAAAGCUCAUCGUUAUCAGAUAAUGCAAUUAGUUCAAUAAGUCACCCAAUAGCAACCUUCAAUACUUUAAACGAAAACCUUUCAUCACUAACAGAUAUUUUAAUACCAACUACGGAUCAAACAUUAGAUUAAAUUCCUAAUUACCUUUUUAUAGUAUAAAAAGCAUUUUCUUCUGUUCGUUCUUAAAAACAUAAACUGUUAGUGUAACUAAUAAACUCUGAAUAUAUAUCAGAUACGUUGUUGGUUCAAAAAUGUACAAAACAGAACUCAGGAAUUUUAUAUCAUAAACAAUUGUACAAAAUAUGGAUUGAGGGCUCACGAGUAGUUGUCGAGUUCUCGAUUCAACAUUUUCUUAUUUUUUAUUUAUGCUAUGUUAUCUUCUAUUAAUAUAACAUUUUUUCUUUUAAAAAAUAUUUUUUCUCGAGAUGAAUAUUUUAUUGUAAUUUAUUUAUAAAAACCGAAUUAAAAUAACUCAGA